UAUCAACUGUCAAAGGAAAUUUCCCGAGGUAAUUAUAAAUUUUUUUCCUUACAAAUUGUUCUAUUUUAUUAAUGAUAAUGACUUUAUAUUUACUAUUGGUUUAGGGCAUUUCAUCUUGCCAACUAUACUUAUCGUCACCGAAUUAUCGACUAGUUGGCAAGGGAAAAGUGCACAACACUUUGCGAGAUUUACUUCACCAUAGACCGCUCCUGGAUGGACACCUGAAAGUAUCGGUGGAUGUUGUAUUACAUCAUGAUGCGAUGCUACCGGUACCUGACAUGGUCUCAGAGACGACAUUGUUGCGAGAUGCAAUAGGAUCAUUUGUUGCAUGGCCCUCGGAGCUCAUUACCAUUAGUGAUGAGACUGCUCCUAUAAAACCCGCAAUUAAGGGUAAAGGGAUUUUACAGGAGGAGGAGUCUGUUGCAUCACUAAAAGAGGCAUCCGCUCGGGAGUCACAACAAGUGACGCAGCAAGUUCGUAGCGUACCACCCACUGGUCCUCCGAAGCAAGCGGCAAAAAAAGGCGUUGCUUUUGUGCCUCGAUACCGGACGACGCUCGCAACAAUGGUUGAUAUGUCCGAUUUGAAGGAUGGUGCUUUACGUGAAAUCAAUAUGGAUGAAAGUGUCUUCGGUAUUGAAUUCAAGUCACAUAUUGCAAUUGAUGACUUGGAAGAGAUUUUUACGCAUGAACAACUAGGCGUCGGUAAUAUGCACUCAUACAUCCGGUUGUUGUAUGACAGAGUGUUGCGCGGGACUGCAUUGUCUAACAGAUUCCGUUUCGUGUCUUCCGCCCAUUGCAGCGGAAUGGCAAUUGCUUCGGAACCGGAAUCAGUUAGACAUCUCUUAGUCGAUAGAUUCAUGUCCACCGGCAAUUCAGAAAGUCUGCAUCUUUGGGCGUAUAAUACCCGACCAGUAGGAGCACACUGGUUGUUGCUUGCUAUCAACCCUAUAAGAGAAGUCGUGUAUUAUCUGAAUUCGGUAAAUGGUGACUGGACCAAUUAUCCGGCUAUGAAGGAAAUCGUUGAUUUGUAAAUCAAUACAAGUGUUCCGAAGUCAACGAGACGCACAGGUAUCCCGGACUAAAUCAAACAACAUUACUUGGAUCAAAGUGCAGUGUCCGCAACAGCGAAACAGUUCAGAUUGCGGAUACUUUGUUUUGAGGUUUAUGAAAGAAAUCCUUCAGGCGAAUCAAUUAGAGAUUCCGCUCAUGUACCUUGACGAAUUCCGUGUUGCUGGGUACCCGAGACUUAAGUUGGAAGAAAUCAAAGAGGAUUUGUGUCAAUAUUAUACUAAGCAAUUUUUCAUGUAGGAUUUGUGUCGAUUUGAACUAUAAUAUUA